AGAAUAAUUGAGGAUUAUUCAGCUCCUUCAUGACCGGCUCGGUGGAGGCAACUGGCUUGAACGAGAGACUACUCGCCCGCGACGAGCAGCAACUGUAUGUCGCCUCCGGACAAAGUUCCGGUACAAGAGUCCUCGUUAGGGAUUAUCAGGUAUUAGAAUGAACUUCGCGAGAAUCUCAGCUUGCGAGGCCGGUCUGCUAUCUGAGGAAGAGUUUGAUCAAGCAUUCGAUCGUCAACUUGAGUAUGAUCAAGGCAAAACUAAAGAGAGUUGGAGUCGGAUGGAAGUCAAGGAUGUCACCUACGCUCUUGUUUGCACGGCUAUUGGCGCAGGAGUUCUCAGUCUACCUUAUGCCAUGGCUCAGAGUGGUCUGAUCAUAGGAACCUUAAUUCUGCUCGGCAUUGGAGUGCUGAGCUCUUACUCUGGCGAAUUGCUCAUAGAAGCAUCUAAGCGCACUGAGACGAUCAGUUAUGGAGCGCUCGCGAGGGCUACCUGUGGAGCAUGGGCAGAAAUGAUGACCUCCGCUUGUAUCGCGCUGACAACGUGGUUGGUUAUGGGCUCGUACAUGAUCGUCAUGGCGGAUAUGAUGGUACCGGUCUUGGAAUGGAUCAUCCCUGGUAUCACCGUGUUCGUCGGGGGCUAUUGGGCCUUUCGACUUUGGAUACAAGUGCUCUCAUUAUUGGUGAUUCUUCCGUACUGUCUGCGGGAUAACAUGAGUGGUUUCAAAUGGAUUGCAGUUCUCUCCAUCGUGGCUAUGCUGGCCCUCACUGCCGCUGUUGUUCUCUUGUCGGUUAUUCGCAUUAUAGAACAGCCCGUCCAAUGGACAUCCCACGUGCAGUCCUCGGAGACGGUUUCUGCUGUCUCGGUCAAGUAUUUUAGCGGCACCUCAUCAUUCAUUGCUAUCUCGAUAAGUAGCGUUAGUUAUCUUUGUCACUUUAAUAUCCCACCGAUCGUCGCAAAGGAAAUGCGAGCGCCAACGAAGAAGCGCGCAAAUGAGGCGAUACGUUGGUCAAUGGUUUCGGUGGCUAUCAUGUAUGUAGCAUUCGCAGUAUUCGGAUAUAUCUACGCCUAUGAUAUGCCAGGUGGCGUGAGUGGCGAUAUUCUUCUCAGUUUCCCGAGCGAUAGUCUCGUGGUUAACAUAGUGCGAGUCGGUCUCUAUCUCACCCUGGAUCUGAGUUAUCCUCUCUUGGUCCUACCAUGUUAUCAAUCCCUUCAGAGCUUGCUCGGAGGACUGCGCGGUGAUGCCAACCAUCGCAGCGGGGGCAUCGGCAGCAAACUCUGGAGUGUAGCGGAGAUUCUGCUUCUUUGCAUCACAUCUCUUGCCUGCGCUAUCGCAGUGCCCCACAUACAGGUCGUUUUUGCCUUUCUCGGGUCAACUGUUUGUAAUAUCAUCACAUUCGUGUUGCCUCCGCUGUUCUUCGUCAAUUCGAGACCUGCUGGAUCUACACUUUGGACCAAGAGGAACGCCGCUCCUGUCGCACUCUUCGCUCUAGGCAUAUUGCUCGUCGUCGCAUGCACAGGGGUUCAGAUAGCAAAUAUCGACCAGUUAGUGAGCAAGUGAUGCAGUUUUAUCUUUGUUUUUUCCUUUCUUUGCUGAACGCUUUACCAGUUUGUACGCAGCAGCCGUGACAACACUCUCGUCGUAUGAUUGAGUUCUCAGGAUAGUGACUACUGCCACAGACCUCGCCUGUGUGUUACAGUUAAUCGCAGAUGUCAAUUAUGGGCGCUGCGUGGA